GAUUUUGUUUUACCGGAAUGAUCUUUGUGAGAUAGCCAUAGCCCAUAGUUUUUUGUACUAGCGGGCUAUCUUCUGUUGGGCCGGCCGGCCCAACUUCGUGUUAGUGCCCCGCCCAACCAAACCGGAGCAGAGUUUUUCGCUGUGCAGCGGCGGCGCGACCGCGAGCGAACCCGCGAAGCGUCCGGGUCGGUGAAGCCAAUCAUCACCGUAUACCCCGCAAACGCGCUCAGCCGUCCGAUCCGCCUCGGGAGACGCGCCGCACGUAUCCGUCCCCGACUAUACACCUCCGGCCUCCGGCCUCCCGGGAUCGCUCCCACAUAUAUAUAUCCGGAGUCGCCGCCGCGCAGAUCGAUUGCUUCCGGUCGACAACACCCUAGCGCGCGAGCGAUACGCUGCAACAAUCCCCCAGCGAGUUCCCGAUCGGUUAACUCGAGGCGAGAUCGAGAUCGAUUUGAUGGCGUCGAGCAGCAGCAGCAGUCCGGCGGCGGCGAAGGUGGCGGCGCGCGCGUCGGGGGAGGUGUUCGUGCGGGCGGACGAGAUCGAGCUGGAGAGCCUGGACGUGGCGGUGGAGAAGCAGGCCCUGACGAAGGCGCUGCUGCUGCGCAAGCAGCAGCAGGUCGGCGGCGAGCUGCGGGGCCGGCCCAUGGAGCCCUGGGAGAUCGACCUCGCAAAGCUCGAGAUCAGCGAGCAGGUCAAGCAGGGCCAGUUCGGCACCGUCUUCCGCGGCACCUACGACGGCCGCGACGUCGCAAUUAAGCUCAUGGAUUUUGGCGAAGAUGGAGUAGCAACAGAAGCUGAAAUUGCUUCUCGGCGAGCGUUGUUUAAGACGGAGGUUGCUGUUUGGAAAGAACUUGACCACCCGAAUGUCACACAGUUUGUUGGUGCAUCAAUGGGCACCAUUGACCUCAAGAUCCCAGUCGACGGUGGUGAGAGUGGUAACCUUGCUGAUCUACCACUGGGUGCCUGUUGUCUUGUGGUUGAAUAUCUCGAUGGAGGCUCACUGAAAACGCAUCUGAUCAAGCACAUGAAAAAUAAGCUUGCAUACAAAGCCGUUGUUCAGCUUGCGUUGGAUUUGGCCAGAGGAUUAAACUAUCUACACUCCAACAAGAUUGUCCACCGGGAUGUAAAAACUGAUAAUAUGCUGUUUGACACUGCCGGGAACCUUAAAAUUAUUGAUUUUGGCGUUGCUCGCAUCGAGGCUGAGAAUCCCAAGGACAUGACAGGAACGACCGGCACACCCGGUUACAUGGCCCCAGAGGUAAUUGAAGGCAAUCCAUACAAUAGAAAGUGUGAUGUCUACAGUUUUGGAAUCUGCCUGUGGGAGAUAUAUUGCUGCGACAGGCCGUACGCAGACCUGAGUUACACAGAAGCAGCAUCUGCCAUAGUCCAUCAGGAUUUGCGGCCUGAGAUCCCGCGCUGCUGCCCGAGCCCAAUGGCGAACAUCAUGCAGAGAUGCUGGGAUGCCAACCCGGCGGAGCGGCCUCACAUGGAGGAGGUGGUGCGGCUCCUGGAGGGUCUGAACACGAGCAAGGGCGGUGGCAUGAUCCCGGACGAAGGGCAGAGCUCUGGGUGCUUGUGCUUCUUCAACCGCCGUGGGCGGUAGAUUAGACUGUCGAUCACGAGCAAGCGGCCUGUGUAGACCUAGUUCUAUUUUUGUAGUUAGUUUUUACAUCCUUGAACUUUUGUGGAGUUACAGAUGGUUUGCCACUUGAGUUAAAUACAGAGGUUUCAAACAGAGCUUGUGCUUUCAUCACUGAGGUCUUUUCAUCAGUUCGGUUGGUCUGCUGUUUUUGCCUUUCCCUGUUGGGUUUCUGUGUGUGUGUGUGUGUGUGAAUGUGUGAUACAUGCCAUGGAGAUCACAGCAGGAUAUAUAUAGCACUGGAGAAAUGCUUUGCUUGUUU